AUGAAUGUUGUGGAUGAACUGUGCAAGAACGUUAUCGAAGAGAAUUCGAUCUCGGCAAAACAGAGUUUGGAGAAUCUGCGAGACCAAGUUUCCACUGUCAUUGAGCAUAACUACGUUCAGCUCUUUGCUAAGAUCCAAACUGUUCUCUACUUUGUCUAUGGUCAAUACUACGAAGCUGAAAGAAUCAUCUUUUUUGGAUAUUUCGAUCAAGUCCAUCAUUCGUUCUUCCAAUACAUUUAUAGGAAAAUUCAAGAGAAUAAAACAGGAACGAAGCUUGAUCCCAUGGAUUACUGUCGCUUUCCUCUUUCAAUCGAUCCAAUUUACCAAGACGGCUUGACGAAAAGCAUGUGCGAGUACCUGAAGAACUACUACAUGUCCAGACGCAACUCAAAGAAAGCUCUCAAACUAAAAUCGCUCGCAGCAAAAACUGGAUUGUCCCUCGAUGUCAUUGAAGCUCGUUUCAAAAAGUGCAGAGAUGAAUUACCAGUGAGAAGACAAGCGAAAAAAAGGAUAAACAAUGAAAGAGCGGACGAAGAAGAUUACUAUGAGUACGAGAACUUCGAUUUCUACCAAGAAUGCUUCAACAAUCCGGAAUAUCAAUUGUACCCUACUCCACCAUCUAGUGGCUUCAGCGUCUAUCAUCAAUUCCCUCUUACCCGUGUCCCUCUCGAUCAGCCACUCACUAUCCAGAUUCCAGACGAAACCCAGUUCCCUAUCUCUUUCAUUUGA